UACCAUAAUAAAUGCAUACUGAUGAAAAAAUCUAUCGCUUCUGAUAAAGGAAAACAGUGUUUAGACAACCACUAGUAUAUGACUCACUAGCUGCCCAGUUGAAUACACAACUCUCUCAUAAUUGUGUCUAAAAUCCUUAAUGGCUCACUUAUUUCUUUCAGCAUGAUAGUUUUCUUUUAGAUUUUGCAGUUAGAAGGAAAUAUCUCACUAGGUCUGGUGACAAGUAGAAAGCAUUCUGUUUUUUUUUUUUAAGUGGAUGAUAUUAGCAAUUUACAAGGAAUGCUUGUAAAUCUAACCAAUAACACUCAAUAACUAUGCAUCAGGUUCUGGCAAAUCCAAGAUUUUUCAUAGAAAAUUGGUCAAGCUUUGGCAAUAGUAAUCAUGGCUUGGCAAUAGUAAUCAUGGCUUAUAUGAAGAGUAACAAACAACCAACAGAAGAAAAGAUAUUAGACGAACACGGUUAUAUCAGGCUGAGUAAAAAGUAAGCAAUGUUUUGAAACCUGAAAUUCGUCACAAUAUAUUUCAACAAUGCAGAAAUUUUAUUCAUCAAAUUCAGAGAAAAGUAGUGAAGUAUUUACUAUUAACUGCACUGUGCAAAGAGGAAUUACUAAAGAUGAAAUUUGGCACAAACUCUAUGAUAUUCUAAAGACAUCACUGGCAUUACGUGACUUGGGAAUUCAGCAACACAAUAUGAGUUUAACUGAUGAAAUGCUUUGUUAUGAAAACACAACAUUAACUAACAAUGUUACUUUCUAUUGGCCAAUGACAAAAAUAGGAACAAAUGUGACGAUUCCAUGUCAUACAAAUGUAGCAACAAGACACUGGUUUGUUUGUUUUGUUUUAUUUCUUCUUCUCAAACUUUGAAGUUU